ACCGAAAGUCACCGAGUCACUCCAACGUUAGCUUCAGCAGAACGAAUAGGACUACUUCUCUUCGUCAGUCAAUCAGAGAAAAACCACAAUCUUCAAAGAAAUCAAAGUUUAUAAAUAAUGGUUAAUGGUAAAUAAUAUAGGCCAACUCCCUUUCGUCAUCAAAAAAAUAUCCAAAGCAGAUUACAAUCUUCUGAUGAUAAAAAAAUCAAACGAAACGGAAUAAAAUUUUGGUAAAGGUAAACCUACCGUUAUAAAGAUGUCAAGGAAAUUGAAUAAAAUGGAAUCGUUAAUUAAAUGUAAUGAGUGCGGUAAAGUAUUUAAACAACAGUGGAAUUUAGUACGACACGCCAGAAUACAUGCAAAAGAGAAGCCGUAUUCGUGUGACUUCUGCGCUAAAGGAUUUUCAGAUAGGAGCAACCUUAAACAACAUUUAGUCAUACACACAAGAGAUACGCCAUUUAAAUGUAAGAAAUGCGAAAAGGUAUUCAGUAGCAGAGUUCACUUCAAUCGACAUCAAAGCGUUCACGCUACACAAGAUUUAAAGUGUGUCAUUUGUGAAAAGGUCUUUGAUUCUAAGAAACAUUUGACGUCCCAUGCUAAGUUCCAUACUGGAGAAAACAGAUAUAUGUGCGAAAUAUGUGGGCGGAGCUACGAAAAAAGGCAUACGUUAAAGGCGCAUAUGAUGUUCCAUUCGGAGGAUAAACCUCAUAAGUGUAACGACUGCUCCAAAUCAUUCACGUCUGCCAACGAUCUGAGGCGCCAUACUGUAAGCCACAGUGACACGAAGCCGUUCAAAUGCUCAGAAUGUGAGAGGAGAUUUUCGAGAAACGCGCUUCUUCGAGCCCACAAUGUUACACACACGAACGGAAAACAGUUUCAGUGCCUAGUUUGCCUUAAAGUGUUCACGUAUAAAUAUAACCUCAAACGUCACGAAUUAUGUCAUAGCGAAGAUCAGAAAACGACAUGUAUCGACGAAAGUUCCAAUAUGGAAGAUAAAUUAGCCACGAAUUCAAAUGUCGGGAAAUCGACAAAUGCUCAAUUUUCAAGAAAACGAAAUACAAAACUAGACAGUCUCAUAGUGAAAAUAAAAGAGAAAGUGUCACAAAAUAAUCCCCGGGAAUCUGAAAAUCAACGGCCAUUAAUCCAAUCAUUCUCAAACUCCCUUUGUAAAAUUAACAGGGAUACGGAAAGGACAUGUUUGAAAAAUGAAUCACGUGGUUUCAAGAUUGGCGUGGCUAAUGGCGAGGAUGAUACUUGUGUAAGAAUAUCCCUUGAAACAGAAGUUAUAGAUGCCUCGUCUGGAAGGAAAUCAAGUGCUAAACGGAUGUCACAAACGCUAUCUAACGAUGAACUAUCGGUUGGCGCGAUCCAAGCUGUAGUUAUGGACUCAGCAGUGAUCAAUUCUAAUAAUUGUACAGACUAUAAUUGUGAUAGAAGUCUAGUAGAAGAAGUUGUUCUGAUUGAUUCUGAUGUUCCAGUCGAAGAGUCAAUUGAAAUUUCUACAUCGAUAUAGAAAAUUGAAUAAAAGCUUUGUUUUUGUUUUACAGUA